AUGCCAUAUUCCUGGUAUCCAAAAUACUGCUGCGGAUAUGCUCUCACGAUUUCUGAUCAGUGCUUUUCUGAGGGAACAUCCCCAAGUCAACAGAGAACCAGAAUUCAUCUUAGGCCAACUCUGGACAAUCUUCUGAUGCAUAAGGCAUUGUUACUAACCAGUGCGCUUGCUCCACGGUCACGUAAAGUUUACAAGAAAGCAUAUCGUGAGUUACAGAACUUUGCUAACUCAAACGAUUUAGAGUUUGAACUGUUUCCCACUAGUGUUCAGUGUUUAUCCUUAUGUAUUGCUUACAGUUCUACACGAGGCCUGGCAGCAUCAACAAUAGCAACAUAUGUAUCAGCCAUAGGGUAUUAUAACAAACUGGCUGGUCACCCUGACCCUGGCAAUAAUUUUGUUAUUCACAAGAUGUUGAAAGGUUAUUCAAAGUUAAAUCGAGCUACAGAUUUACGCCUGCCCAUUACUUACCCUAUCUUAUGCAAGUUAUUAACAGGUCUGAAACACACUACGGGUAGUCGGUAUGAACGAACUUUGCUGCAAGCCAUGUUUCUCUUAGCAUUCCGCAGUUUCCUGAGAAUAGGGGAGAUAACUCAGAGGUCUAAAAGUGAUGAUCCCUGCAUCACAUCAACCGGUCUCAUUUUUACCAAAUCCAAGGGGAUUAUUUCAAAGUUUAGUUUUACAUUACAACAUUUCAAAGGUCAUUAUGGCAAUCCAGUGACCUUGAAUGUUUUGGCCAACUUUUCCAUUAACUGUCCUGUUAAAGCCAUGGUAAAUUAUGUAAAGAUACGUGGGGCCAAUUCAGGGCCCCUUUUUGUCUUACCAGGACAGAUACCAGUUCCCCGGCCUUAUUUUUCCCAUCACCUUAACCGUGCCCUCAUUUGGGCGGAUCUGGACCCUGCUAGAUUCAAAGGACACAGUUUCCAUAUCGGCUCGGCCACAUCUGCUCACAUGGCGGUAAUAUCUGAUGAUCAGAUACAAGUUAUGGGCAGGUGGAAAUCGUCUGCAUACAAAAAGUAUAUUCGCCUCCCAACUCUGCCAGGCCUUCUGCAGUGA